UCUCUCUCUCUCUCUGACACACACAUUCACUACAACUUACCAUCAUACCAAUGGCUUCCUUCACUUUGUUCCAUCUCUUCAUUGCCAUCAUCCUCCAUGUCUUUCUUGCCGCAACACCCAUCUUCUCAUCAUUAUCAACAUCAACAAUCCCCACCAGGUUUCUCGAUUUUGCCAAAAAGCCUGAAACUUUCGAUUGGAUGGUGAACAUCAGAAGGAAGAUUCACGAGUACCCAGAAUUGCUAUAUGAGGAAUUUAAGACCAGUGACCUCAUAAGAAUAGAGUUGGACAAAUUGGGAAUUUCAUACAAGCAUCCAGUUGCUGGAACUGGAGUUAUUGGAUACAUUGGAACUGGAAAACCUCCUUUUGUUGCUCUAAGAGCUGAUAUGGAUGCUCUUCCUAUGCAGGAAAUGGUGGAAUGGGAGCACAAGAGUAAAGUACCAGGGAAGAUGCAUGCUUGUGGUCAUGAUGCUCAUGUUACUAUGGUUCUUGGUGCUGCUAACAUUCUCAAACAGCAUGAAAAAGAGAUACAAGGAACUGUUGUACUUGUUUUCCAACCAGCAGAGGAAGGAGGUGCAGGGGCUAAAAAGGUUACAGAAGCCGGAGCUUUAAAAGAUGUAGGUGCUAUCUUUGGAUUGCAUGUUGCCCCUAAUAUUCGUGUAGGCGAAGUAGGCUCAAGGUCUGGUACAUUAAUGGCAGCAAGUGGUUUCUUUGAAGCAACAAUAAAUGGAAAGGGGGGUCAUGCAGCUAUUCCUCAACAUUCUAUAGACCCUAUAUUGGCAGCUUCUAAUGUGAUUGUUAGCUUACAACACCUUGUAUCUCGUGAAUCCGAUCCUCUGGAUUCCCAGGUUGUGACAGUUGCGAAAUUCCAAGGAGGUGAUGCAUUCAAUGUCAUUCCAGAUUCUGUCACAAUUGGUGGCACCUUCCGAGCUUUCUCAAAGGAAAGUUUCUUGCAACUGAGACAGCGCAUUGAGCAGGUUAUUGUAGCGCAGGCCGCAGUGCAGCGGUGCAACGCCACAGUGAACUUUCUAGAAGGAGAGAAACCUUUCUAUCCUGCUACCAUAAAUGAUGGGAAACUACACAAGCAUUUUCAAACUGUGGCAGGGACUUUGCUGGGUGCAAAUAAAGUUAUUGAGGUUCCACCAAUGAUGGGAGCUGAAGACUUUUCAUUCUAUCAAGAGGUUAUACCUGGCUACUUCUUUUGGCUUGGAAUGCAGAAUGCAUCAAAUGAAAGGCUUCACUCAUUACAUUCACCUUUUUUCACAGUCAAUGAAGAUGCACUUCCUUAUGGUGCUGCACUUCAUGCAUCACUAGCUGCUACUUACCUUCUAAAACAUCAGAAUGAUGUGCCAUUUGUAGAAGCCAUGUAUAAUGAUGAAUUGUAAUUACUUCUUUGAGUAAAUAGUCAAAUUAAUCUUCGAAAGACUUUUUUAAUCAAA